AACGAGAAGCCCUUGCCACUCAAAGUGUGUCCCGAGGACCAGUGGCAUGGGCGUCGCCGUCAUCCCGGGGCUUCUUAGCAAUACAGCCUUUUGGGCCUCCUCUCAGACCUCAACAGUAAGAAACUGCAUUUUAACAAGAUGCCCAGGGGGUAAGUUUGAGAAGGGAGUGCGUACAGAACUGUGGGAAACGCAGUGCACUAAAUCCUACUGAACAGGGAGGGCUAGGCGGAGGGAGCCACUUCUUCGUCUGCCUGCACUGGGGACCUUUAGUAGUGAGCGGCAGCGACCCGAAGCCGGCGGCCCAAGGUGCCGGACUAGGUCCGGGUGGCCCCGCCUGCCUGCCCCGCCUCCCUCCUGGGUCUCUGCCCUGCGCGCGGUUGCUGUGGCAGCGCCGGACGCAGAUCGAGCCGAGGCUGCCGCGGCCUCCACCUCCGCCUCCAAAGGCCUCCCCAGACCCCAGGCUGCUGCUCAGCUAGCGUCUCCGCCAUGCCUCGGGGGAGGCGCGGCGGCCGGGUGAGCGCCCUGGAGGGCGGCCCGGAGGAGGAAGCGCCCCCGGCGGCGGCCGCGGUGCCCUCGGCGCUGUGGGCGUCCCAGCUGCAGCCGGAGGCGGCGGCCGGGCAGAUCCUGCUGCGUGGCAUCUUCGAGAUCGGGAGGAGCAGCUGUGAUGUGGUGCUGAGCGAGCGGGCCCUCAGGUGGCGGCCCAUCCAACCCGAGCGCCCCGCGGGUGACUCCAAGUAUGAUGUUCUAUGUAAAGAAGAAUUUAUUGAACUCAAGGACAUAUUCUCUGUCAAACUGAAACGACGUUAUUCUGUUAAACAGCAGGGAAGUGGUACCUUAUUAGGUAUCACACUCUUCAUAUGUUUGAAAAAGGAACAAAAUAAAUUAAAAGAUUCUACGCUUGAUCUUAUUAAUUUAAGUGAAGACCACUGUGAUGUGUGGUUUAAACAAUUCAAGAAAAUUUUGGCUGGUUUUGCAAAUAGACCAAAGUCAUUAAAAAUAAUUCUUAACCCCCAAAGCCACAAAAAAGAAGCUACCCAGGUCUAUUAUGAGAAGGUUGAACCACUGUUGAGGACGGCAGGAAUAAAGACUGACGUAACAAUAACAGAAUAUGAAGGACAUGCUCUGUCACUCCUAAAGGAAUGUGAACUCCAGGAAUUUGAUGGUGUUGUCUGUGUUGGUGGAGAUGGAUCGGCCAGUGAAAUCGCCCAUGCUUUGCUCCUUAGAGCCCAGAAGAAUGCUGGGAAAGAAACAGACCGCAUCCUCACCCCUGUCCGUGCAGAGCUCCCUCUGGGUUUAAUACCAGCAGGCUCUACCAACGUACUGGCACAUUCUCUUCAUGGAAUCCCUCAUGUGGUAACUGCAACUUUGCACAUUAUAAUGGGACACAUACAACCUGUCGAUGUCUGCACCUUCAGCACCACUGACAAGUUUCUUCGCUUUGGGUUCUCAGCCAUGUUUGGCUUUGGGGGAAGAACUUUGGCUCUGGCAGAAAAACAUCGAUGGAUGUCACCCAACCAACGAAGGGAUUUUGCUAUAAUUAAGGCACUGGCAAAACUUAAGCCUGAAGACUGUGAAAUAUCAUUUUUACCAUUUAUCAGCUCUCAGGAUUUACAAGAAAGGAAGGUGGAAGGAUCUCCCAAAUCUGUGAGUAAUGAUCAGUGGCAAACGAUCCAGGGUCAGAUCCUGAAUGUCAGCAUUAUGGCAAUUCCUUGCCUGUGUUCAGUGGCACCUAGAGGCUUGGCACCUAAUACCAGAUUAAAUAACGGAAGCAUGGCUCUUAUAAUUGCACGAAAUACUUCUCGGCCAGAAUUUAUAAAACACCUGAAAAGAUAUGCCAGUGUUAAGAAUCAGAUUACACCCAAGACUUAUCAAUCUUUAUGGAGGAAGCAUGGAAGAAAUGAAUGAUUCUGAAGUUAACUGUAAUUGUUUAUAAAAGGAAUGUACAAAAUAGAAUUUUAAUGGGAGGGAAUAUGGUCAUUCUUUAAACAUAUCCUAAUAGGAAACAAAAUUCUUAUUUUUUAAAGAAAUUUGCUAUUUUGUUACUAAAAAUUAGCUUCUAGAGCUUUAAAAAAUUAGGCAAUAUAACCAUUUAAAUUAUGGGUUUUGGAAAGCAUUGGAAUGGAAACUAUUUCAUAUACUUAAAACAUCUAAAUUCUUUUACUUUGGAGUUACUGAUUUUACAGGAUGAUUGUUUUAACUUUUCAGGAUUUGAGUCCAUCAGUCCUGACAUGAAAUUUCCUGUAGCCUGGUACACAUGGACUAGAGUUUAUGUAAGGAUGCCCUGAUGAGGUACUAAUCUAGAUUUCAAAUCUUUCCAACAUCUACAUUAUUUGCCAAAAAAGGAAAGAAAUUGUUAUGGUACCAAUUUUGUGACUAUUCCCUGAAAGUUAAAAACUGUUGAUUUUCUUUAAAGUGUUUUAAAAUUUGUAACACAGAUGUUUAUAGCAAAUUUUAAAUUACACAAAAUAUCACACGGUCUAGGAGAUGCAUUCUUUGUGCUUCUGAAAGUCCUGUUAUCCAACAAUUAUAACACAUUGGUUUCAAUGUACUCAGUAAUACUGAAAAUGCUAUCAUUUCAGAAAAGUGCCAAAUUUCAAUUGCCUCAGGGAUCAUCCUCCACCACUGAUCCCAGAGGUUCUCCUGAAAGACUUACUUUGUUUUUUAGGUAAUGAAAAAACAGAUCUUUUGCUUAUAUAAAGGGUACUUUUUAAAGCUUAAUUACUACCGGUAGACAGUGAGUUCAGGAGGUUUCCUGCUCUCAGCAUUCGAGGAGUGAAACCCAGUCACUUUCACAACCUUGUUCUGGGGUCAGCAAUUAUAUACUGAGGGCUUGUGAAGAGGUAACUUCUAGAAAUUUCAGCUGAGAGAGACAGCUGGUGGCAGGGCUUCCGCUAAGGAGAUAUUUUCCCUAAUAGCUAAAUUAGAGGGAAGUCUUACUACCUGAUCAACAGAUUUUCAAAAUUGCCUACAGCUUCCUUAUACAGAGGUUAUAAAGACAGAAUAAAUAAAUUCAGAUGAAAUUAUAAUCUGCAGCUAUCAGAAUCUAGGUCACAUGCAUGAAUAACUAUUACAAAAAAUGAUUGUAUCUGCAAAUGAAAAGGCAAUAUUUCACUCGUCACUAAAACCUCUAUGAUGGAAAUUUUGAUGGCACAUUUUAUUCACUGAAAACAAGCAAAAUCAGUAAAGUUAGAUUUCUAAAUUUUGUUUCUAUAGUUCCAUGCAGAAGAGAAUGCUCUUAUAGACCUGAUAAAAACACAUUUAAUACAUAGUUUUGAAGAGAAAGAGUAACAUCUAAACAAGGAGGUGUAUUUGCUUAAUUUGAUAGUCAAUAUUUUACUCAGUAUCUAAUUUAUAUGAAAUACUGGCCUCUAAUCAGGCUCUUUGUAGAGUUUUGGUUUUAAGAGUCAUUAGUGAGGUACAGUUUCCAUAUUUUACAUAUAUCAGUGUAUUAAUAUUUGAAAUAUCAGCUAAAGUGCAACAUUCACAAUGUUUCAGAAUAUAAAUUAGAAUUUUUAAGUAUUGUUUUCAUAAGCAAAAAAUUUUCACUGAAAAUGGAUUUUAGAAAUUUACUCCUGGGUACCCUUAAUAAAAAUGUGUUCUAAGAUGACUAGCAGAUUUAUACCUCUAUAAACAUAUAUUCUUUUAAAACAUUAUGUAUAUAUACAGAAAGAAAAAAAAACCCAAAGCUGUAUAAACAAUUAUUCAGAAGUCAUCUUAUUAAGCUCAAA